AUGCCCCACGCUGUGUCGAUGCCCUCACCAGGGCUUCAGGCCUUGGUCCUCUGCGGCCCUGGCUCCUCGUUCCCGACGUUCACGUCUAACCCCGACGAAAAUCCGAAGGCGUUGCUGCCAAUUGCCAAUCGACCUAUGGUUUGGUACCCUAUCGACUUUUGCUAUCGUAUGGGAAUUACGAAUAUCACUCUCAUCUGCCCGGCAUCUGCCGAGCAAGCCAUCACUACCGCCCUGAACACCAACCCUCACCUGACAGCACUUCCCCUGCCUAGACCAGACAUCCUUGCGCCCAAGGACCUUGACCAAACCACAGGCACGGCGGAUAUCCUGCGUCUUCCCGAGGUCAAGACGCUUGUUACGUCGGACUUUGUCGUCCUGCCAUGUGACCUCAUCUGCGAAAUCGCCGGCGAGAAGUUGCUGCAGGCAUGGAUGGUCAAGGGUGCUAGCAUGUCGAAUCUCCUCGACGCACCCAAGUUCUCUAACGGCAACACAAGCCCUUUCAGCGGUGGCUUGGGAGUUUUCUACGAGACGAAGACCGCCCUCGCCGUGAAGAAGGAGGAGACCGACUUCGUCGCAAUCACGCCCUCAGCUCCAUCCGCCAUUGCACCGCCCAAGGGAACUCUGCUGUCCAACCUGUCUAACCUCGUUUACUCUAUGCCCACAGAUUCCUUGAAGGAUCUGACCGAGGAGAAAAAGGGACUUCCAAUUCGACACGGCCUCAUGAGAAGCCAUCCACGUAUCAGGAUGCUCACUACCCACAGAGACGCCCACCUCUACAUCUUCCCGAAAUGGAUCAUGGACUUUGUCGAGAAGAACGAGCUCUUGGAGAACAUUGGCGAGGACGUCAUUGGUUGGUGGGCGAAGGCCGGUUGGCAGACUGGCCUGGCCGAGAAACUUCACUUGGACGAGGUGUUACGCAAAGACGAUGAGAGUGAUGACGAGGACUCCAUCCAGGAGAGCACAACGUCACCACAAGACGACGACCCUGAGGAGUUUCGUACCACUACCAGUGCGGAGGACAACAAGAACACCGAGACCUCCCAAAACUCUCAUGAGAAACUCACUGUGCCCCCCAUCAUCGCCUACGUACACCCAUCAGAUGCGGACGCUCCGUUGAUCCGUCGCGUCGACACCGCUCAACUCCUCCUGAAUGUCUCUUUGCAGCUUGCGAAGCUGCCAUCGGUGGAAGAGGCCGGCAUCGAUGCGGCUUCUCCUUUUGCACACGCCAGGAAGGUGGCAUACCCCGAGGGCGUCAAGGGUCGCACCACCAUCACCAAGACCGACAGUCUGGUUGCCGAGAACGUCACGGUGGAGGAGAAGGUUGCCAUCAAGGAGUCCGUAGUGGGCGCCGGCUGCCAACUCAACGAGGGCGCCAAGCUCUCCCAAUGUUUGCUGAUGGAGGGAGCUGUCGUUGGCAAGAACUGCAAGCUCACAAGGUGCAUUCUUGGAAAGAGAUGUGUGAUUGGAGAUGGAUCAGUCUUGACAAAUGUCGAGGUUCAGGAGAACCUCCUUGUGGAGGCGAAGACCGAGGAGAAGGACACAAAGCUCAUGAGCUCUGACGGUUUGGAGGCCACCGAGGAAGAGAUGCAGGAUGUUCUGGACGAUAUGGACAACGAGGUCAUGGCCCAAAAUGAGGAGGCAGUGGAAUAG